GCCAACAGCAACAACAACAACAACCACAGCAACCGUGUCAUUAUCAGCAUUUAAUUCAUGACGGUCAAUUACCUACUUUUCAAAUCCCUAGUUAUAUGUCAUCUUUUAAAAACGUAGAUCAUGGCAUGUUAUUAUCUUUCACCACUUUAUACGAACAGCAUUGUCGUGAUUUACUUGAAUUGGUCACAACCAAUCAAGUAGGCAAGGUGAAAAGUCUCAUGUUGACUUUUUAUCAGGACAUGCCGGACUCUUACAAAAGAUUGGUGCAUUCUGUACCUGAAUUAUCAGAAGCCAUUUGGCGUUGGGAUUGUACGCUUUACGAUACCAUGAUUGAGAGGUUUUUACCUACAGUAAAUCAACGUCUUUCUGAAGAAACAAUAAGAAAUUUACAUAUUUUCACAAGAGAAUUGAAAAACUACAUUGAAGCAUCUGCCGUGCAAUACCCGUCAUACUUGGUUCAGAGAAAACUAGAUGUGGCUCGCAUCUUUGCAGCCAAAUUCCGCAGGCAACUUUCGUUGAAUUUUGCAGCCCAAAAUGCGGCUAGUAUUUUGAGUAGUCUACCUCAUGUUGCUCAUAUGAGUGAAAGUUGGAACAAAUUAGAAGUAGAUGCUGUUUUGGAUCAAACGUUAUGGGUAUGCGAUUGUGACACAAAUGAAAUAAAACACAUUUGUGUCCAAGUAUAUGAAUUGUUGAAUAGUCGGUCUAGCAUUGAUAACUGGAUCAGCUGGAUUCAUGGAAUUGUCGAAAAGUAUCUGAUAAAAGGUGGAAACAUACCAAAUUCAAUUUCUCAAGCAAAUCAUUAUUUACACUGUUCUAAACAGUUUUUGCUGAAAUGGAAUUUCUACACUACUCUGAUUAUGAAAGAUAUUACGCUACAACGUACUGAAAGCUUUGGUUCUUUUCAAACUUUACGUUUGUUCUUGGAUGAUUAUAUCUUAUACUUAGUAGAAGAGUCAAUUGCUCAGAUGAAUUCUGAAUUGAUGCAAUCAUUACAAUUGCAGCAGCAGCAACAGCAGCAGCAACAGCAACAGCAACAGCAGCAACAUACAAACUAUUAUCACCCUACUGCUGGACCUACGCCAUCGACAUCCUCUUCUACUACGUCAGCUUCAAACCCUCAUAAACCACGAGGCCCUCAAAAACACCCACCGCCUACCAUUACAUCCGCUAUGACCGCCAGUGGUCACCAUCACAUUGGCAAUAAGAAUAAUACUGGUACUACACCUGCAGCCGCUGCACCCUAUCAGCAGUAAAAUUUCUCGGUUCUUACGACAAUGCAUAAAUCUUUGCUUCCUUUUUUUUAAUUUCCCUUAACGAUUCUAUUCUUGCUUCUAACCUUGCUUAUUUAUUUAUGUUUUAAUACCUUUCUUUAUGUUGUAUACAUAUCUCUUCUAAUAUCUAUAAUUUUCUAUUUAUUUUGGCUCUUAUAUAACUGUACCCUACAGUAAAAAACUUUAAUAUGCUAAUUUUUUUUAUUGUAACACUCCAAUAAAGGGAAAAACUCAAAAAUGUCUUUGCACUUAACCGUGGAAUUUCAUCUGUACAUUUACAAAAAUAAAUGAUUUUGCGAAAUAGUUGGCGAAAAUUUUGAAAAGUAAAAAAUAUACUCGUUUU